AUGUCUUCCUACACCUACAUCGCUCGCGCCACAUUCAAGACCCCCUUCGGCCGACGCAUGGUUCCGGAGUCCAAGGACGGAGUCGUCCGAGACUAUAAUCUCUGGGAGGAUUGCGACGAGCAGGCUCGCGCAUCCAGGCAAGCGUUCAUCGCCCAUCGUCUCCGUCGUACCUCCCUCGCUGCUUCUUCAUCCCCCAGAUCUGGCGCGUCCGACGCGUCCGACGCCGACCCUGCCGACACAGUGACCGAGAGGGCCUCCCACGGGCAGAGUGGCUCUCUGGCCCGCGGCGUGGACCGCCCUCGAGGUGACGGGGUGCACGACGGUGCGGAGCUCGCUCGCCUGGCGGCCGCUAGGCUGGCGGUCGCCAGGCUGAGCCUGUACCCUCCGUCGCCGCUCCCCAUCGAGUGCCCGGUGAGUAUGGCCUUCGCGGCUGAAGAGGCCGUCCGGGAGCAGCGCAAGGCGGCCGAAGAGGCGGACCGGAAGCAGCGCGCGGCAGUGGAAGAGGCGGACCGGAUGAGGCGCAAGGCGGCGGAAGAUGCGAUGGAUCAGGAGGAAGAGGACGAGGUGUGCGCGAUGCUGGCGGACCUCUCGCUCGAGCGCGACGAAGAAGAGGAACUCGCUGGUGCUGCCGCCGCAGAGGUACCGGUGCUGGGCACGGCGGCGACGACGGUCGUGGACGUCGCUCCGCCGCCCCACGCGCGCGCGUGCAAGGUGUCGCGGACUCCCAUGCAUCUCCAGCGGCUGUCCGACCAGCGACAGGCCCACGUCCGGCGCGUGGUGCUUGCCCUCCUGCAGCCCGAAGAGCAGACGAGGCGUGCGGCGGAGGUGGAGGCAGCGGCCCUGGUCGGGCUCUCGAGCAAAGGGCAGGCGCGGCCGGGUGUGCAGGUGCGGGUGGCUUCCGUCCCUGUGCGCAAGGUCGUGUCUAUCUCUGCGCGUCGGGGCCAGGCCGGUGUCGGGCGGGUGUGA